UGAACUGAUACCGCGCCUACCGCGUGCCAUGCUGACAUCGGCAUCGCGUAUCACGCGCGUGCAGUGUUCCUAAAAGCUGAUCAAGUAAAAAAAAAAAAACGGUCUGGUUAAGAUUAAUGUGAAUUGGUGCUAUCUUUAGUUACCUGUCAGCGCAAUGGGUCUCCUAGAAGAAGACACCGGCAUACUGAGCAAAACAGCAAGCCACUGCAAUGGAGUUUCCCAUACCGGAACCACGAAACAAGAACAAGAUAAGGCUACACGUCGACGAAUGGGCAGGGACGAGUUCGAAGAAACACCGCUCUUGAUGGCGUUGGCCACAUAUGUGAGCUAUGUCAUCUUGGGUAUUUUCGGCCACAUUCGUGACUUUAUGCGGUCUGUUGGACUGGAAGAAACGCAUGCCGCUGUUGAGACAGACCGUGAGGGUUAUGUCCCACUGUAUCAAAGCUUCGAGAGCUUCUACACACGAAACGUCUACCGGCGUAUUCGUGACUGCUGGAAUCAUCCGAUCUGCAGUGUUCCUGGUGCUGUUAUCGACUUGGUGGACCGCGUGUCUCUCGACAACAAUUGGUCGUUCACAAUGCCUGGUACUGUGACCAAAGCUAUUAAUAUGGGCUCUUACAACUACCUUGGCUUCGCGGAAAGCGCGGGACCAGUUGCGGAUGAGGUUGAAACUUCCAUUCGGACAUACGGAAAUGGGAUCUGCAGCACGCGUCACGAAUUAGGAACAUUGGAUAUCCACUUGGAAUUGGAAUCCGUGGUGGCACGAUUCCUGGGAGUCGAAGACUGCCUCACGGUGGGCAUGGGUUUUGCUACCAAUUCAACAAACAUCCCAACAUUGGCCGGUCGAGGAUGUCUUCUGCUGAGCGAUGAGCUGAACCACGCGUCGCUCAUCUUGGGGUGCCGACUGUCUGGUGCGACAAUCAAAGUCUUCAAACACAACAAUAUGAAAGAUCUCGAACGAAAACUGCGUGGGGCUAUCGUCGAGGGACAGCCACGGACGAAUAGGCCAUGGAAGAAGAUCAUCAUCAUUGUUGAAGGAGUCUACAGCAUGGAAGGCUCGAUAGUGAAGCUCCCAGAGGUUAUAGCCCUGAAGAAGAAGUACAAAGCCUACGUCUACCUGGAUGAAGCUCACAGCAUUGGAGCCCUGGGACCAACAGGACGCGGUGCCGUAGAUUACUUUGGGGUGGACCCUCGGGACGUCGACUUGCUCAUGGGAACCUUCACCAAAAGUUUUGGGGCAGCGGGGGGAUACAUAGCGGGAUCUAAGCACAUAAUUGACCACCUCCGAGCGCAUUCGCACAGUUUCAGCUACGCAGCUAGUAUGUCGGCCCCGGUUGCUCAGCAGAUCAUAUCAACGUGCAGAGUCAUCAUGGGGGAGAUUGGCGAUGGGGAAGGCCAGAGGCGAAUUGAGCGUCUUGCGCGCAACACCCACUACUUCCGCCAGCGACUCAAGCAGAUGGGUUUCAUCAUCUACGGCAAUGAGGACUCCCCAGUUGUGCCGCUCAUGCUUUACCUGCCUUCAAAAAUUGCAGGAUUUGUGCGCUACCUGAUGAAGCGUGGCGUUGCAACCGUUGGAGUUGGCUUUCCUGCAACUCCGCUUCUGGAGGCCAGGGCGCGCUUCUGCAUGUCUGCUUCCCACACCAAAGAGAUGUUAGAUCAGGCGCUGAGUGUCAUCGACAAGGCUGGCGACUACCUGUACCUGAAGCUGUCGAAGCGGAAACGGGCAAAUGAAGAAAUAGCCUACUGAAUUACAAAUGUUCUGCAAAAUGUCCGACGCGGUUCUGUCGUCUGCUGGAACCUCCAGAGCCUGCAGAUGCGUAGCUGAAGAAGAACGUUCCGUUGUUGCUUGUGCCUCGCUAAGACUUUUCAUUUGCCAUUUGAGGUAGCCAAGCCAAAGAAGCUAAAAAUCAGCUCCAAGAGUGCUUGCUUUCCCCAGCAUUAGUUUCUUGCUAUGCUGAGUUCCUUUCUAAGGGUGCAUAUAAGUCUACAGUGCUACAAGAGCCCAGGAAAGCACCUCUACAACUGGUACAUUUCUCAGAGUGGUCACAUUAAUUGUCAAGCGUCUGUUGGUGAACGUUGAAGUGCAAAGUUUGGCUAUGUUAAAGCAUGGUGCUAAGACAUUUCACGUCAAAGGCUGUGUUUUCUUUUUCUCGUUGAUGUAUCUUGGUCUUCAUUUUGUCACAUUAUGAAAGCUUGCUCAUUGCAAGAGCUAUGAAUUCCACUACACUAAUUCCAAGUGUUGAAGCUUUUUACCACAUUCUUUCUUUGUGUUCUGCUCAAUUUCGCCCUUUCUUGAGUGCAGAUGCAUUCCAUCUUUCACUACUUUUAUAGCACCCCUUGAAAGAAAUACAGUAAACUGUUGAUCCGCUGUAGUUGAUGUGGCUGGACAAAGUCUCAAUCAAUACUGAUGCGUUAAAAUCAAGUCAUUUUCAUUCAACCUUCAAAAUGCUUCAUGAUGUUCAAAACCAAAGUGAGCGGAAAUGCGGAGUGUUCAGUUGACUAAGGGGAUAUGCGAGUUCAAUUUAUUUCUUGAAAUAGCAGAACUUCAUGCUGUGGUCAAUCAAAGAUUUUGUUACACUGAGAGAAUGCUUAAUAUUUAUUUUAAUUUCUGAAAUGCGCCUACUGCUGUACAAACUGCAAAACUGCAUACACCAAAUUGCUUGGUUACAUCAGUCAGGUUUUGAUUCAUGAUGAAAAUGAACCCAUGAACAAGUACAAAGAUGAUCCUUGUCUUGAGGGGUUUAAUCAUUUCCAUCAUGUAUCACCAAGUUGGCCUGUGUUUUGACUCUUAUUCAGGUUUUGAUUGUUUAGUGGAGCUUGAAGCUAUAUGUAUGUCUUGGUUUGUUCAUUCUCUUAUAAAUUAGGUCCACAUAAUCCUCAUUUCCUCACGCUACAUACAGGGACUGUAUCACUGAGAAUAAAAGGAUAGCCACGGGCCUCUGAGAGAACCUCUCUACUCAAGUCCCCGGUCACAGCUUUGUAGUUUGUUGUUUGUACGUACAACGUCAAAUUUGUGGAUUUAGCACGAAAUUGUGCUGGUGCUGAAGACAUAGGGAAAGCUUUUGAAAGAUUGUUCUCAAGAUGGCAUGUGCAAGCUGGCAGAUGAUAUCCAUGCAGGAGUAGAGGCUGAACUUGGGCACAAAGAAACACGACACACAGACGAGAACAUUCAUCUGUGUGUUGUGUUCCUUCGAGCCCAAGCUCAGGCUCUACCUGUCAUGGAUUGUCGUAUAAUUUCGUAUAAAGUUGUUCAAGUGAUGUUGUGAAGAAAGUGAAUUGCCACAGUGGAAGCAUGUUGUUUGAAAUAAAACACUAAAUUAUGGGA